AUGACUACUCAUAUUGACCCUGAAUAUCAAGCAAAUGCGAUUGAGCCUCAAGUCCAAAAAGACUGGGAAGAUCGCAAAUCGUUUAAAGUUGCCGACACUGUAGAAGGUCCACGUCGUUAUAUCCUCUCGAUGUUCCCUUACCCAAGCGGCAAACUGCAUAUGGGUCAUGUGCCCGUUUUCACCGUCUCAAAGGUGAAACUGUGCUACAACCGAUGGGUUGGGAUGCUUUCGGCUUACCUGCUGAAAAUGCAGCGAUUGCUCAUCAAGUUGCACCAGCAAAGUGGACCUUUGAAAAUAUUGCAUAUAUGCGCGAUCAAUUGA